GGGCGCAGGGUCCUCCUUGCUCCCCCUCCUGGCUCCCGCGCUCUGGCUAAACGCUCCGCGCGGUGAAGUUCUGGGCAAAGUACCGAGAACUGAUCGCGCGGUCGUCGGGCCCACGAGCUGCCGGGGACAAGAGAUCCCCGCGCCAGGGAGCCAGUGCGUCUCACGGGCUUCCGCCCAUCUCUGCCCCGGAGUGGCAGGCGGCGCCCGUCUCCUGCGGCUGCUGCUGGAACUGUAGUCGGCUGAGCCUCGCAAGGGGACCUUAGAAGCCCGGCUGGCGUCCUUCGCGGUCUGAAGCCGGAACCCGGGAACCCGGCGGCAUCCCCAGCGGCCGAACGCACAGGAAUUUACUCCAAGACCUCCAAAAUGUGUUUGAAGCAUACUGGAUAAGAGCUGGUCUGUCUGCCUGUGUGGGCUUCCUUCUCUCAGUCCCACUGUCUUCUAAUGGCGUUUUGACCGUGCUGGGACCAAGUGACUAGCCAGCUGUUCAUGAUGAGUGACGAGAAGAACCUUGGUGUGUCCCAAAAAUUGGUUUCACCUUCACGGAGUACAAGUAGCUGCUCCUCCAAGCAAGGAAGCCGACAGGACAGCUGGGAAGUGGUAGAAGGACUGAGGGGAGAGAUGACUUAUACUCAGGAGCCACCUGUGCAGAAAGGAUUUUUGCUGAAAAAGAGGAAAUGGCCCUUAAAAGGCUGGCACAAGAGAUUCUUCUACCUGGACAAAGGAAUCUUGAAAUAUGCCAAGAGCCAAACUGAUAUUGAGAGAGAAAAGCUGCAUGGCUGCAUCGAUGUGGGGCUCUCAGUGAUGUCUGUGAAGAAGUCAUCCAAGUGCAUAGACCUUGACACUGAGGAGCACAUCUACCACCUGAAGGUGGUAGACAUGGUUAAAAGCAUGAAGCACCUGGCACACUGCCAUGCCUAUCUGGUGGAAAUGAGCCAGCUUCUACAAAGCAUGGAUGUCCUGCAUCGGACUUACUCAGCACCUGCCAUCAAUGCCAUCCAGGGUGGAGCUUUUGAAAGUCCCAAAAAGGAAAAACGAUCGCACAGGAGGUGGCGGUCCAGAGGUAUUGGCAAAGAUGCUAAAGGAACGCUGCAGGUCCCUAAACCUUUUUCUGGCCCCAUGAGACUGCACUCCUCCAAUCCUAAUUUGUCAACACUAGAUUUUGGAGAAGAGAAAAAUUAUUCAGAUGGCUCCGAAACCUCUUCAGAGUUCUCCAAGAUGCAGGAGGAUCUAUGUCACAUUGCCCAUAAAGUUUACUUCGCUUUAAGGUCAGCUUUUAAUAGCAUAUCGACAGAACGAGAGAAGCUGAAGCAGCUGAUGGAGCAGGAUGCCUCCACCUCCCCUUCUGCUCAGGUCAUCGGGCUGAAGCACGCUCUGUCAUCUGCCCUAGCACAAAACACAGAUCUUAAAGAACGCUUACGCAGAAUCCAUGCGGAAUCUCUGCUCCUCGACCCGCCUGCUGUUCCCAAGUCGGGGGACAAUCUGGCAGAGGAGAACUCUGGAGAUGAAAACCGAGCUCUGGUUCAUCAGCUUUCCAACGAGAGCAGGCUCUCCAUCACUGACUCUCUUUCGGAGUUUUUUGAUGCCCAGGAAGUUCUGUUGUCCCCAAGCUCUUCAGAAAAUGAGAUUUCUGAUGAUGAUUCAUAUGUCAGUGACAUAAGCGAUAAUCUUUCCUUAGACAACCUCAGUAAUGAUUUGGAUAACGAAAGACAGACCUUGGGGCCUGUUCUUGAAAGUGGUGGAGAAGCCAGGGCCCAAAGGCGAACCUGCUUGCCAGCCCCAGGCCCCAACACCAGCAACAUCAGUGUGUGGAACAUCCUGCGGAACAACAUCGGGAAAGACCUGUCGAAGGUGGCCAUGCCGGUGGAGCUGAACGAGCCCCUGAACACGUUGCAGCGACUGUGUGAGGAACUGGAGUACAGUGAGCUGCUGGACAAGGCAGCGCGCAUGCCCAGCUCCCUGGAGAGGAUGGUGUACGUGGCAGCCUUUGCCAUCUCUGCAUAUGCAUCCAGCUACUUCCGGGCAGGCAGCAAGCCAUUUAACCCAGUCCUUGGAGAAACAUAUGAGUGCAUCCGAGAGGACAAGGGCUUCGAAUUUUUCGCAGAGCAGGUCAGCCACCACCCACCUAUCUCCGCCUGUCAUGCUGAGUCUGGAAACUUUGUUUUCUGGCAAGAUGUGAGAUGGAAAAACAAAUUCUGGGGAAAAUCCAUGGAAAUUGUCCCAAUCGGCACAACCCACGUGACUCUGCCAGCUUUUGGAGAUCACUUUGAGUGGAACAAAGUGACCUCUUGCAUCCACAACAUCUUAAGCGGGCAGAGGUGGAUUGAGCACUAUGGAGAGAUUGUCAUCAAGAACCUGACUGAUGACUCCUGUCACUGCAAAGUGAACUUCAUAAAGGCAAAAUACUGGAGCACCAAUGCCCAUGAGAUUGAAGGCACGGUAUUCGACCGGAAUGGGAAGGCUGUGCACCGGCUGUUUGGAAAGUGGCAUGAAAGCAUCUACUGUGGAGGGGCCUCCUCCUCUACAUGCGUCUGGAGAGCAAAUCCCAUGCCGAAAGGCUAUGAGCAGUACUACGGCUUCACACAGUUUGCAUUAGCGUUAAAUGAAAUGGAUCCGUCAUCCAAGUCUUUAUUGCCACCCACCGACACGCGAUUUAGACCAGAUCAGAGGUUUCUAGAAGAAGGGAACAUAGAAGAGGCUGAGAUGCAGAAGCAAAGGAUCGAGCAGCUGCAGAGGGAGAGGCGGAGGGUGCUAGAAGAAAAUAACAUGGAGCACCAGCCCCGGUUUUUCAGGAAAUCCAAUGAUGACUCUUGGGUGAGCAAUGGCACCUACUUGGAACUUAGAAAAGACCUUGGUUUUUCCAAACUGGACCAUCCCAUCUUGUGGUGAAGAAGAAAAGAAGAAAGAUGUGUCAGUGUUCUUCUCCCACUUUUGCUUCCUAAAGCAGCACAAACCUGUGUGUGUAGACUUAAAAGAUGUUAUCUAGAAUGAUCACUUGUGCUUAGCUUAGCAUUGUAAGUAUUGGAGUAUAUAUUUUCUUCAGUAGGUUUCUUUACAAUUUCAAGUAUUAUCAUUAUCAUUUGUAUGAAUGUAGAACACCUUGGUAUUUCUUUUUAUAUAUAAACUAUUUAAUAAAAAUGAAAGAUUGAAUGUUAAU